GACCCCAACUGUAAACUUGAAGACAAGACUGAAGAUGGAGAGGCAAUAGAUUGUAAGAAGAGGCCGGAAGACGGGGAGGAGUUAGAAGAAGCUGUACACAGCUGUGACAGCUGCCUCCAGGUGUUUGAAUCACUGAGCGAUAUCACAGAACACAAGAUUAAUCAAUGUCAACUGACAGAUGGCGUGGAUGUUGAAGAUGAUCCCACGUGCUCCUGGCCAGCCUCCUCCCCUUCUAGCAAGGACCAGACGUCCCCCAGCCAUGGAGAAGGUUGCGAUUUUGGAGAGGAAGAAGGUGGCCCCGGACUGCCAUACCCGUGUCAGUUCUGUGACAAGUCGUUUAGCCGCCUCAGCUACCUAAAGCACCAUGAGCAGAGUCACAGUGAUAAACUGCCUUUCAAGUGCACCUAUUGUAGUCGGCUGUUCAAACACAAGCGGAGCCGAGACCGCCACAUAAAACUGCACACCGGGGACAAGAAGUACCACUGCAGCGAGUGUGAUGCUGCGUUCUCCAGAAGUGAUCACUUGAAGAUCCACUUAAAGACUCACACGUCCAACAAGCCAUAUAAAUGUGCCAUUUGUCGCCGUGGGUUCCUGUCCUCUAGCUCCUUACAUGGACAUAUGCAGGUUCACGAGAGGAACAAAGACGGCUCCCAGUCGGGCUCCAGGAUGGAGGACUGGAAGAUGAAGGAUGCUCAGAAGUGCAGUCAGUGUGAGGAAGGCUUUGACUUCCCAGAAGACCUUCAGAAGCACAUUGCAGAGUGUCACCCUGAAUGCUCCCCGAACGAGGACCGAGCGGCCCUUCAGUGUGUCUACUGCCAUGAGCUCUUUGUGGAGGAGACGUCCCUCGUGAACCACAUGGAGCAGGUGCACGGGGGCGAGAAGAAGAACUCCUGCAGCAUCUGUUCUGAGAGUUUCCACACAGUGGAGGAACUGUACAGCCACAUGGACAGUCACCAGCAACCGGAGUCCUGCAAUCACAGCAACAGCCCCUCCCUGGUUACAGUGGGCUACACCUCCGUGUCCAGCACGACUCCAGAUUCCAACCUCUCAGUGGACAGCUCAACCAUGGUGGAGGCCGCCCCGCCAAUCCCAAAGAGUCGAGGGAGAAAGAGGGCUGCUCAGCAAACCCCCGACAUGACCGGCCCCUCGAGUAAACAACCGAAAGUUACAUACAGCUGCAUUUACUGCAACAAGCAGUUGUUUUCGAGUCUUGCAGUUCUGCAGAUUCACCUGAAAACUAUGCAUUUAGAUAAGCCAGAACAGGCCCAUAUCUGUCAGUAUUGCUUGGAGGUCUUGCCCUCACUCUAUAACCUAAAUGAACAUCUUAAGCAAGUGCACGAAGCUCAGGACCCAGGCCUGAUCGUUUCUGCCAUGCCUGCCAUAGUUUACCAGUGCAACUUCUGUUCUGAAGUUGUCAAUGACCUCAACACCCUUCAGGAACACAUCCGAUGUUCUCACGGCUUUGCAAACCCUGCGGCUAAGGACAGUAAUGCUUUCUUUUGUCCCCAUUGCUAUAUGGGGUUUCUCACUGACUCUUCCCUUGAAGAGCAUAUAAGACAGGUCCAUUGUGACCUCAGUGGCUCUCGAUUUGGGUCUCCAGUGCUUGGGACUCCAAAAGAACCAGUAGUAGAAGUCUAUUCCUGUUCCUAUUGUACAAAUUCGCCAAUAUUCAACAGUGUUCUUAAACUGAACAAGCAUAUCAAAGAGAAUCAUAAAAACAUUCCCUUGGCCUUGAAUUAUAUUCACAAUGGGAAGAAGUCCCGGGCCUUGAGCCCUCUGUCCCCUGUGGCCAUUGAGCAGACAUCUCUUAAGAUGAUGCAGGCAGUAGGAGGCGCACCCGCGCGUCCAGCUGGAGAGUAUAUCUGUAAUCAGUGUGGUGCUAAGUACACGUCCCUAGACAGCUUUCAGACUCACCUGAAAACUCACCUCGACACUGUGCUGCCCAAAUUGACCUGUCCUCAGUGCAACAAGGAAUUCCCCAACCAAGAAUCCCUGCUGAAGCAUGUGACCAUUCACUUUAUGAUCACCUCGACCUAUUACAUCUGUGAGAGUUGUGACAAGCAGUUCACAUCCGUGGACGACCUUCAGAAGCACCUGCUGGAUAUGCACACCUUCGUCUUCUUCCGCUGCACGCUCUGCCAAGAGGUUUUUGACUCAAAAGUCUCCAUUCAGCUGCACUUGGCCGUGAAGCACAGUAAUGAGAAGAAGGUCUACCGGUGCACGUCCUGCAACUGGGACUUCCGCAACGAGACCGACUUGCAGCUCCACGUGAAGCACAAUCACCUGGAAAACCAAGGCAAGGUGCACAAGUGCAUCUUCUGUGGUGAGUCCUUUGGCACUGAGGUGGAGCUCCAGUGCCACAUCACCACCCACAGCAAGAAGUACAACUGCAAGUUCUGCAGCAAAGCCUUCCACGCCAUCAUUUUGCUAGAGAAGCAUUUGCGGGAGAAGCACUGCGUGUUUGAGACCAAGACACCGAACUGCGGGACGAAUGGGGCUUCAGAGCAGGUACAGAAAGAGGAGGUGGAGCUGCAGACCUUGCUGACCAACAGCCAGGAGUCCCACAACAGUCACGAUGGAAGCGAAGAAGACGUGGACAGCUCUGAGCCUAUGUACGGGUGUGACAUCUGUGGGGCGGCCUACACCAUGGAAACCCUACUGCAGAAUCACCAGCUUCGGGAUCACAACAUCAGGCCUGGAGAAAGCGCCAUUGUGAAAAAGAAAGCUGAGCUCAUUAAGGGGAAUUACAAGUGCAACGUGUGCUCUCGAACCUUCUUUUCUGAAAAUGGCCUCCGUGAACAUAUGCAGACCCACCUAGGCCCUGUCAAACACUACAUGUGCCCCAUUUGUGGAGAGCGGUUUCCUUCCCUUUUAACUCUUACCGAACACAAGGUCACACACAGUAAGAGCCUUGAUACCGGAAACUGUCGGAUUUGCAAGAUGCCGCUGCAGAGUGAAGAGGAGUUUUUGGAGCAUUGCCAAAUGCACCCUGACUUGAGGAAUUCCCUGACGGGAUUCCGCUGCGUGGUGUGCAUGCAGACUGUGACCUCCACCUUGGAACUCAAAAUCCAUGGGACAUUCCACAUGCAAAAGACAGGGAAUGGGUCCGCCGUGCAGACCACCGGGCGUGGCCAGCACGUCCAGAAACUGUACAAGUGUGCAUCUUGCCUCAAAGAAUUCCGUUCCAAGCAAGAUCUGGUGAAACUUGACAUCAACGGCCUGCCAUAUGGUCUGUGUGCUGGCUGCGUGAAUCUCAGUAAGAGCAGUAGCCCAGGCAUCAGCCUCCCGCCCAGCACGAAUAGACCAGGCUUGGGCCAGAAUGAGAAUCUCAGUGGCAUGGAGGGCAAAGGCAAGACGGGGGGACUGAAGACACGCUGCUCCAGCUGCAAUGUGAAGUUUGAGUCUGAAAGCGAACUCCAGACCCACAUCCAGACCGUGCACCGAGAGCUCGUGCCAGACGCCAACAGCACACAGUUGAAAACGCCACAAGUGUCGCCCAUGCCCAGAAUCAGCCCCUCUCAGUCGGACGAGGAUAUUGUCUUCUCUAUGACUGAAGAGACCAGCACUCAUGCCAACACCACUGAGACCUGGAAUCUCAGCAUAGCUUCACCGCGAGUUGAAAUCCCCAGCUAUGACUUGUGUGCAUGGCAGAGAGAUAAUGACACAAAAGUAAGAUAGUGUGAGCCAACAGGCUGGCUUAGAGUAAAUUAAAAAGAAUAUAUAUAUUGGUGGAUAACAAAUUGGGUUGGAGUGGCUUUUUAAUUCCAUGUUGUCAACAUUCAUUGUUUUUCUUUGUCUUCUGAAUCAUGAGAAAAAUUAUUUUCUCACAACAGGAUUUCGAAAAAGCCCCUACAUUGAUUAAACACCAUUAUCUUGUUAAAGGUACCGUCCCUUUAUUGCCACUCUCUUUGUUGCAAAAUUAAUAUUUUCUCUGCCCUCAGCUUCAGAGUACUGUAGAUUCAUGUUUCCUCUGCCACGAUGAAUACAAGAAACAAGUUCAUUUACAGUGAAAUAGUUUUAUAAGUCAUCAUUUCCAGAAGCUGAGCCGAGGACAGCUCCUUUUAAUGUAAUUUCUUUCCAUUUUAUCACCUGGUUGCUAACAGCUUUCCCCUUCCCUACGUGUGCCUAUCUGGAGAUCCAUCCAAAUGAAAACCCCAGGGGAUCCCUGUCCCUUCAGUUUGGGGUUACAGCAUGUUCCUUAUCUUGUCUCUGCACUCACCCCCUCUUGGAGGGCUCCCCGCAUCUCCCCCAGAUAGCCAUCAGGCAGCUGGUAGGGGAGACCGGAGGAGGCAGGCGACACACAGCCAUGCUCACCAAAUGUGGCAUCUGUGUGACAGGCAGACUCCCAAACUUUGAAGCUGUUCUCCCUUCUCUCCUGCCCAAGUGAAGCUGCACUUUUCUCUCAUUUGAAUAAAUGAAAUCCUUUCAAAUUUAUGAAGACAGCUGGAGGAACAUAGUUUUGAUAAUGGCUCAUGAGUUGGAUCCCAUGCAGUGGUGUGUUUUGGAAAUAAAUAUUGAUAGUUCUAAUCAUUGGAAAUGAAUCUUUUUCCAAACUUUUUAUUUCAAAAGUGGUUAAGUCUGUACCAAAGGUAAAGGAAUAGCAGAAUAGCAAGUGUGUGUUGGUGCACCCAGGUUUAGCAGCUGGAACAUUUAUUACAUUCUCUUCCUCUACUGUUUUGUUGUCAGUCUGAGCCAGGUGAGACUAAGUUGCAGAUAUUGUAACACCUCCUUAGAAUAAGGACAUUUCUUGUUUAACCAUAAUAUCACCUGGUUUCUCCUUCAUUAGUGAAGGUAAUUAACUACAUUAACCAAAGACAUUAAAUUAAUCUCUAUAGGAGGCCUGUAUUCAGAUUUCCCCCAUUUGUCCCCAAAAUGGCUCAUGUUCUUAAAUGUUGUUGAUUAAGGAUUCUUGAAACAUUUAUGCAGAAAAUUAUUCCUUUCCUUUUUGUAGGAGUUUGAAUAUUCAUAUCUAAGUGUUAUGUAAAGGUGAUUUAAAAUGACUGCAUUUGUGUGUAUGAGAGAGAGAGAGAGAAGGAGAGAGAGAUUUAGUGUCCAUUUAA